UACUGCUCUAAGUGAUUGCGAAGAUAACAGUUUAAUAUGUAAUGCCGGCCAUCAGUGCAUCUAUGAUCGAGCUGGGAUAUUUCUUACUGAAUAUAUAAAUGACUCGAUAGGUGCAAUAAUCUACAUCGACAAUCUCAACCCGAGCCUUUGUUUUGAUACUUCUCCCUAGCUAAACUCCCAACACUCUCAGUAUAACUAAAGAGCAGAGCUUCACACCAAUAAUGGGAGCCCUUGAUCUUGAUCUUAUGGCUUCUGUGUUUGGAAUUUUGGGUACCAUCGUCGCGUUCCUCGUUUACCUAGCCCCACUACCAACAUUUUAUUGGAUUUUCAAGAAAAAAUCAACACAAGGAUUCCCAUCUAUACCCUAUUCAGUGUCAUUGUUUAGCGCCAUGUUGACACUCUACUAUGCCUUCGUCAAGACAAACUGUUUGCUGCUCAUCACGAUAAAUUCCAUUGGCUGCUUCAUCGAAACCGUGUACCUUGUUGUGUUCAUGAUAUAUGCAACACCAAAAUCCAGGACUUUUGCAACAAAGCUGCUUAUUCUGUUUAAUAUCUUGGGUUAUGGUUUGAUGUUAUUGUGUACAAGCCUAGUCCCAAAUGUUCUUCUGAGGUUGAAAGUUGUUGGGUGGAUAGUAAUCGUGUUCAAUGUCUGUGUGUUUGCUGCUCCUCUUACAAUUAUGAGGCAGGUUAUUAAAACAAAGAGUGUGGAGUACAUGUCAUUCCCUUUGUCAUUGAGCCUAACUCUGUGCGCUGUCAUGUGGUUCUUCUAUGGCCUUUUAAUAAGAGAUUUAUUCAUAGCGGCACCAAACGUGUUAGGGUUUGCGUUCGGAAUUGUUCAGAUGAUUAUGAUCCUCGUCUACAGGAAGAAAACCAAGAUAGCUGUCUUGACGGAAUUCCGUCUAGGUGAUCUGAUACCAAGCACAAAUAUGGUUGCUGCUUCACUAAAUGAUGACAUGACAAUAGCAAUUGUCAUUAAUUCUCGACCGGUAGCUGGGGACGCAAAGAAGAGUUCUGAAACUGAUGAUGAUCAGAAUCCAUUGGAGGGCCGGCCCAAAGUCAAGGCGACCUUGGCCGCUGCCUACGGCGUCAUCUUGAGAAGGGGCUCAAUUUGACGUAAUUAUUCAUGAACUUUUCAAUUCCAAAAAUAUGAAAUAAGAGACAAUCUCUCGUCUCUCCCUUCUCAUUCUUCUUCCUUUGUCCUUUUUUUAUCAAUAAACCAUGGAUGUUAUCACGGUAUCAGAGCGUCUAGGCUCGCGCCAUUGAUCCUGAAGCUCUAGUUCCUCUUUGUUUUGCUCGCGCGGUCGCGCCAUCAAUUUCUAUCCCCUAAACCCCAAAUUCGAUAUCACCUGCGCAUGCAUCUUAAGGCUUCUGCAAUGGAUUCUCGCUCAAAGCUUGAGCAAGAUCUCAUUAUCCAUUAUCUAUGAUUUCCAAGUAUCACGGUUGCUCCAGUUUACUUCGUCGAGGAUUCCGUAAUUGCUUUCUUCACUCAUUGGUCACCGUGGAUUUGCCUUUUCACUCUGUUGAAUCAAGAUUGCUUCGAUUAUUCACUCGAAAAUGCAGAUUCACUCUCUUAUCUCAUGGAGUGAGAGUGUCUAUGUAUUGAUAGCCUAGACUUGCAAAUUCUUCAAUUGUCAUUAGGUGAUAUAAGGAUGUGUUCUUCUGAUAUAUGAUCUUGAUGAUUAUGGAUUCCUUCAUCUGCCUGCAUUCUUUCCGCAUUGUACUGCCUAGGUGGUGAAUCUUUUGAUGACAUAAGGUUGAUUGCUGUUGUUUAGUGUUUUCCACCCACUAACAAAUUAAACAAGACCUUGGAGAUGUAUAACAACUCUGGAGAUGUCCAGUCCUCCGUAUAACAUUACCUUUGGAGUACAACAUAACUCUUGGAGAUGUCCUGUUCUCCGUCUAACAAAACUUUGGAGAUGUCUUGUUCUUCACUUCUUCUAAAAGAAAAUCUUGCAGUGAAUCAGAAUCCAAAUUGAGAAGUGGAUGGAAACAUUAUUGUGCAGCGUCUUAGAAGUUUAUGCAGUAUAUGAUUGGGUGAUGCAGAAGAGUUGGAGUCAAAACUAUAUGAUGUGAAUAGAGCCAUGUUGAAGAAUUGUGGGUUUGAUGUUUUCUUAGUCUUGUCUUCAUUAGCUAAAGUGCCAUUGAAGUUCUGAAGUUAAGGUGAUAAAGGCCGUUUGCAAGAUGCAUUGCUAUAAAAAUCAGCAACUAGAGGGUUUGCUCAACUGGAGUGAAGAGGAUGGGUGAACAUGGCCAUGAUGUACCCUUCUACAUGCAUUCCAAACACAUUUAUAACUUGGACUUGAUGAAGUUCGAGGCUUUGAAGAUGAGCCUUGGAGUGUUCACUGCAUUCAGCAGUGUGGC